UUCGAAACCAGGCACACCACUCUGUUGUAACCACACCCACUUUGUCCUCACAGGCCAUUCCCUUUCUGGGCUGACCAAUGAACUCCAGAGGUCAGCCCCUCUAACUCCACAAGUUAAGGAUAUGGAAAGGAAAGUUUGAGAUUGAUAGGGAAACUUUUCAUGAUCCAAGGACCACCACUAAGUCCACAGCUCCUCUCACAGUAUUCUCACAGUGAUGUGGGUCUGACAGCAGCGACAUCAGCACACACAUUUGGAUAAGGAAUUUGAUCUUGAUAUUCUCUUUGACCAUUGUGGUGAACCGUGCAGGCAAUGCAGCAUAUCUCUGGUAAGCAUCACUUUUUCAACCUUUGCUACGUCAGUCAGUGGUCUAGCAAGAGAGUAACAGCAAGUCUAUUGCAUAGUUGAAAUGUUGCAUUGUCUGUGGAAAUCUCUGUGUACUAAGGGUUUCUCCAGCACUGUUCCACUCUGUAAGGCUCCAUGUCCCCCUCUCUCUCUCCAGAGCCGAGGCCCAACAUGAUGACCCCGUCCCCCCCUACAGCUGACCCCUACCACCAAGGCAACGUCAGGAUGACCCUGGAAAAGGCUGACCUCUGGAAGUCCUUCCACAACCUGGGGACUGAGAUGAUCAUCACCAAACAUGGCCGGAGGAUGUUUCCCCACUGCAACGUCAGUCUAUCUGGACUCCAACCCUAUACCAACUAUGUCCUCAUGGUGGAUAUGGUUCCGGUGGACAACUCCAGAUACAGGUGGAAUAAAGGCCAGUGGGACAUGGCUGGGAAAGCCGAGCCCCAGCUCCCCUGUCGGACGUAUGUGCAUCCAGACUCCCCCACCCCGGGCUCCUACUGGAUGAAACAAUCGGUGUCCUUUCUCAAGCUCAAACUCACCAACCACACACUGGACCAGCACGGCCAUAUCAUCCUGCACUCUAUGCAUCGCUACAUCCCACGCUUCUCUGUGGUCCAGGCUGACAGUCUGCACAGUGUGCGCUGGGGACACUUCCAUUACUUCUCCUUCCCUGAGACCUCCUUCACUGCAGUCACGGCCUACCAGAACACUAAGAUCGCUAAACUCAAGAUUGACCACAACCCCUUUGCUAAAGGAUUCAAAGGGGAGAACACCCGUACUCAUAGCAAGAGGUGUCGAUCCAACAAGAGUCCUGGAAAUGCUUCAAAGAAAGCCAAACAAGACAGAGAAACAGAAUUCAAAAGUCCUUCAGACCUCCAAAGGGCAACAUUAGACUGUGAGCCAGCAGAACGGGGGAUAACCUUGGGAACAACAGAGAACAUAGUGUCGGCUAAGGAGGAUCUCUUCUCCCCCUGGGCCAUGGAAAAGGACCCAUCCCAGAGCCACAGCCUGCACACUGAACUACUGGAGCUCCACGACCACAGACAGGAAUACAGCACUGAGGAGCAGAUGGUGCCUGGCCCUGCAUCUAUGUCCUACCAACCAUGCAGGUCUGUUGAGCAUGGCAGACUUCCCUCUCCAUCUUCUGCAGUGGAGGAUUGCAAAGGCAGGCGCAGCUAUGAGUCUCACCUCCGUGAUGUAGCCACUGUCCCUGGGCACAAGACUAACAGUCCUGGCCCUGUCAGAGACAUGGGACACACCCCCUUGGCUCCAGCCAUGCCCCAGGACUAUAGAAUGUCCCCUGUCCAUCUGCCCACGUCCUCCAAAACCUACCCUGGGUACCUGGGCUACAGUUACCCCCUCUAUGGCCACUACACUACUAACCAGGGCAUGGGUCAGUGGAGUGAGGGUGGUACAGGACAGUACCCUGGACAGUCCUUGACUCACCACCUGCCCUUCUUCACCAGUCAAACACUGACUGCAGACCACGGCACCCACCAACGCAGCGUCCAUCACCAUGGCAACACAGAGGCAGAGUGGAGCUGGAGCCAGUACUUGAGUUUGGAUAAUGAUCAGAAUAGCUGACUCCGACUCACAAAGUGAAGGAGCUGAGUUUCAUUCUGUGAACAAUGCUACUUGUGACAUUUCAGAAGGUCCAAACCAAGAUAUCGUCAAGUAUGUUUAAAAAAAAUUGUUCUCUGCUAUGGACAUGUGUGUCAAGAGGAGUGUGUGCAAUUUUCUGUUCCAAGUCUAUGCAGAGCUGCAGUCCUAUUUAGCGGAAAUAGCAGAAGGCUAUUUGAGCUAUAUACUGGACUUAAUUGACUGAGCCUCCUCAUACUGUGCCUGGUGCUCCAUAUGAACUGCAUUCAAAUGUUUGUGGGCAUUCAUGCUUGUAUUACGCAUGUGAUGUGUGUAUGCUUGUUUGUUUACUUAUCAAAAUGAUGAUAAUUGAG